ACGAGCUACAUGCAAGACACACAAGCCUACAGACCAGAAAGACGCACAGACAGUCCGGUUUAUUUGGGAUUUUCCGUGUUCAGCCAUCUGACUAACAAUCGGACUUUGGCGGUCCUGGAGAACACUCUUGCUUGAUAUUGAUUGGCCUGUCUGCGCUGAGACAGAUGAAUGCAUUAGUACCCAGCUCACCCUGCCACUGGAAAUAUAUUAAGUUCAUGUAUUAGGCACCCUGUCUGGUUGCCAUGGAGAUGCACCAGGAGCGAGGGAUCGGGGAGAAGAAGGAUGGGGGAGCGGAGGAGACGAGGAGGCGAGUGGGGGAUACAGGAUGCGAUGAGGCAGUUGAGUUGAUUUGUAGUCCUGCUCCCUCUUCGUUUAUUUCUGUCGCUCAAGCGUCCGCUCUCACCUCCGUCCCCUCCUCUUCCUUUGUCUCAUGACUUCAGUUUCUUUUCGCUUGAAGACUCUGUGUGAACUUUAUCGGGAAAAACAUUCAAUUUUCACCUCUUUUGUUCUGCAUUUCCCCCUCUGACUGGCUCCCGACUCGCCUUCCGUCUCGUUUAUUGAAAAUGAAAUAAAAUUCUGAUUUUACUUGAAUUGUCUUGCCAACAUUCCUUCUUGCUUUGCCCUGACACAUACCUGGGCGUUAAACUCCCCUUUUAUCUGCCCCUCUCCCCCUCAUCUGCGCCACCUCCCUCCUCGGCUCACGCCAUCUCUGUGCUCUGCAGUAAAACUGGUGCAUUGAGGCAGCAGGAAAUGGGGAAUAGAGACAAUAGAAUAGAGGAAAUACAGAAGAUACUUUCUGCUCUCAGACCCAAACGCAAACCCCGCAAGCUCAUAGACAUUUGGACGUAUGUAAAAUAUGGUUUUAAGCCUCUCAAGUUGUUCUUGCAGCCUGAAGAAUUUGAAUUUCUUCACAUGUUGUCACCAUGGAAGCUGGAUUUAAAGAAAAACAAAAACAUUUGCUCAGUUUGGAGCUCCUGCUAAAAAUAACCAUGGCUGUUUUAUGGCUUACAAGUGUUAGUUUGCUGAUUUGCCCCUCUCUGAGCUGCUAUAUCUGCUUUAUCAAGCCGCAAGUCAGUGGUCGGCUGUGCGUAGGUUACGUCGUGAGUGCAACUAAAGUCAACAGCGUUGACGAAUGCUUCAGGUCUCUGGAUCGCAUAUUCAACCUGAAUGAGACAGUGGUGAAGGCUGGAAGAGCGGCCGGAGGUUUAGAAAGCAGGCUGAAGGAGAUCCUGGAAGCAGAGAUCUUUCCCAUAGUGAAAGACUUUCAGGGAAAGCGGAAUAUGGACACUGUGUAUGAACGCAGGUUGCGGAAAGCAGCAGACAAUUUCAUUGAAGCUGCCUCCAAACUGCCUAGAGAUAAUAAGUGCAUCCCUCCAUGUGGUUUUCAGAAUAUAGAUGCUGCGUACAACUGCAUAACCUGCCAGUACGACUCCUGCUUAUUUCCACUCGACUGUCCAGUUGAAGAUAUUGAAGUAAAGGAGGGUAGAGGGAUCCAAAUGCGGUGCGAUGUGCCAUUUGACCUACCAAAUGAUAUUGAGGUGGUCUGGAAGUUUGCAGAGGAGUUCAAGACGCAGGAGACGGAGCAGUUUAAGGUGACUGCAGGACCCGACAGGCUUUACUCCAUUUCAUCAACCACCACUGAGCAUCAGGGCACCUACCAGUGUGAGAUUUUCUCAGGCAUUCGAUCCAUCGUCAGGCUUUACUUCUACGUCACAGUGAUCCCCCAGCCUGUGGUGGGCCACACAGCGCUGCAGGGGAUAUUUGACCAGGCUCUGCUCCCAAGAGGGCAGUUUCUCACCGCGCCUGAUGCUGCUCCUCACUUCUUCCUCCACCACCGCCUCCUGUUUCUUCUCACCACCUGUUUAGCCACUUCUCUGCUGCUGCUGUCCGUCUCCGUGGGGUUCCUGUACUGGUUGUCAGUAGCGGAGGUCGACCAUCCUGUAGCGGAUUCGGAUGAAGAAGAUUAUUUUGGUGUUUCGUUGUUAGAAAUAUGAAAAAGAGCAACUUGUAUUAAAAAUGUACACAAAGUACUGGAUAUUCUGUGAAGCAUUAUGUCAUACUUAGAUGGAAACGUGUGUGUAACUCUUCUCACCACUAGAGGUCAGGAGACACAUUUUCAUCAGAAUAAUUGACAAUGACUUUCUGCAUCCAUGCAGCAUAAAAACGAGUUGUUUUGAUCAAAGUACAACAAAUUUUAGAGUAUAACAUGAAAUGUGUCUUUGUGAAAGUAUAGCUCAGUUUAUGCAUAUUUAAACCAUCGAAUAACUACAAUCAGAAAUAAUUUUUAAAUAUGAUUAAAACAUUGACAAAAUGGUAGGUUUACCUUUUUUAUACCUGGAUCAAAUCUUAAAACUUUUGCUUGCUCUCAUAUUAUUUGCAGUGACAAACCAGUGUAAAAAUCUGAUUAUGCCUUUCAUGGCCUUGUUCAUUUUUGUUCUUUUAAUUUUUCCCCUGUUUUGACGUAUUCCAACUACAAUAAGCUUUAUUGCAAAGCAUGAGAACAAAAAGAAAGCAGAACAAACUUGUUGAGUAGAAGGAAUUUGGCACAUAAGUUUCAAGCUCAUUCAAAAAGUAUAGAGGCCAUUCGAAUUCAACUCCCUUUUUCUCUUUGCUUAUUCAGGUCUGCCUGUGUGUAAUUAAAUUUCAAGACGAAGCCAGACGUUUUGU